AAUUAGCAUUUACUAGUAUUUGUGUUUUCCGCCCAAAAUGCCUACUAAGAUUUCAACUGAGGGUCUGCAGAGUGCACCCACGGCCAAGAUACACUUCAUGCCAGCCGAGACCGACUCCAGCGGAGCAGCAAAUGUCGAGAAAUACUUCGAGAACUUCGUGAAAACUGACCAAAAUGGAGUAUUCACCAACUCUUUAAGAGGCUACCCACUCGUGGGCAAUGAUUUCAGCGUUCCUGAGAGUCACCAGGGAGUGAUAUUAACAUCUGCAAAAGGUGAUUCCUCAACCAUGAAAAUCACCGGGAAGUUUGACAAGUUUUCCUAUUGGAACUACGACACAAUUCCCUCAAAGAAUGAUGCCCUACGCCAAGCCAUGGAUUGGAUAGACAUCUCAAGGGCUCUCCAUGGGAAAGAAGAAGACUGUGCUUGAUUAGUCAGGGUGUAAUAUAUUUUUUUUGAACAAAAAGAAAAAUAUUCUCUUUCAC